GAUACACAUUUUCCCGGAAGGAGAGCUCUGCUCAUCGCAGUAUUCACAUGUACUUUUAUGCAGGAAACUGGAAGAUUUUAUAAACUCUCGCAGAUGUGAUUUGUGGUUUAUCAGAUAAAUUUAAAUAUUGGCAGGGUGUGAUUAAUAUUACAGUUUUUAUUUUUUAUUUUUUUAAUUUGACAUAUGAAUCCUCUGUAAAAGAACUUAGUUCACAGUGGUUCUUAAGUUGUGCCACUGAAAAGGAUUUUAAAAAAUGUCCAGUGCUGAUUUAUUAUCAUUGCACCAACAACUGAACAAAUGCUGUGAGACGUUAAAAGCGAAUAAAAGCGUUUGGGACAGUGAACUAGCUGAAUGUAAACCUCUCAUGAGCUCUCUUGGAAACCUUGCAGUGCAGUUCAAGGCAUUGAAGAACGUUCAGAUUGCAAACGCACCUCUUGUCAGUUUCCCUAGUUUACAAGAACGCCUUCAUUACAAACUGUCACUGGCUGUUGAUGCAGUUCUGGGAAAACUAGCUGAGAAAAUGGAUGCUCUUCAGAGUGUGCGGGAUGCUAUCAGUAAACAGGUGUCUGCUGUUUUCCAGUUCUAUGAGAAGAACACAGACACUCUUGACAUUGCUGGUUGUGUCUCCAGAUCAGCCAUCUGUCCCUCCAUCUCAGACAUGUUAGAGUGGCUUCAAUAUGCAUAUCGCUAUUACCACCUACAAUUAGUGCAAAGAAGGAACCUCCUGCAGACGCUGACACCCAAUGACCUUACAUUAAUGGAAAUGACACCAAAGAAAUGGGAAUCUCUACAUUCAGCUACUGGAGAGGAGAGAAUUGCAGAUGCAUUGUGUCAAGUAUCAUUCUUCAUGGAGACUGAAUGAAUAUCAGCUGUGAUAUCAAGAAGUCAUUUCCACAUCCUGUGUUGGCUGUUUUUCUCAGUAUGUCAACGAACGAUCCUUUAAAAAAAGAGAGAGUGAGAGAGUGGUAUGGUAAUGGUGGAACUCAGACUCCUGGAUUCAUUUUGUUUUGUUUUGGCCAUUAGCUUGACAAAGACUGAAUAUCAGUAUCACUGUAAGAGCAGUGCUCUAUUUUAAAAAUGUGGUUAUUUAAUUUAUGCAUUUUAUACUUUAUAUUGAUAGAAUGAUUGCAUUGUUGGCGAAU